GGGGUCCUUCAGGUAGGAGGUCCUGGGUGACUUUGGACGUCCGCUCAGCCUGGUUGCAGAAGCGGGUUAGUGUGUGUCCUAAUCUCUCUUCGUGUAGGUAGGCCUGUGCCGCAAACAUGCUCCGCCAGAUCCUCGGGCAAGCCAAGAAGCAUCCCAGCUUGAUUCCUCUCUUCGUAUUUAUUGGAGCAGGGGGUACUGGAGCAGCACUGUAUGUGAUGCGCUUGGCAAUGUUCAAUCCAGAUGUCAGCUGGGACAGGAAGAACAACCCAGAGCCUUGGAACAAACUGGGUCCCAAUGAACAAUAUAAGUUCUACUCAGUGAAUGUGGAUUAUAGCAAACUGAAGAAGGAAGGCCCAGACUUCUAAACUGUGAAGUUCACUGUAAAGCUGCUGAUCAUGAAGGUCUUUCAGAAGCCAUCCGCACAAUUUCCACUUAAGCAGAAAAUAUGUCUCUGAAUGCACGAAAUCAUGUUGAUUUUUUUUUUUUUGGAGUUUAUUACACUGAUGAAUAAAUCUCUGAAACUUGA